AUUGAGGCGAUUGAUGCUUUGAGUGAUUUUUGAGAGGGGUUGUUCCUUUGAAGUGUUUUUGGAAGCAGGCUAGCUGUGCGUAGCUGCUCUUCAUCAAACUUCAAAAGCUUUAUCCUAACAAUCAAAUCAAACCUGAUCAAGCAAAACCAGACAAUAUAACCAAGGGUUGUGUGCAAUUAACAAUUUUGUUUUAACUUACAUUGGCUCUACUUCAAUAUCAUGCGGCAAUGCAAACUUCGUUCAGUUCUGUGCUUUAUUCUUUCGCAUGCGAUCAGGUUUUUAGAUUGGUAUCAUUGUCUUAUUUCCCAAUUUUCUCCUUUCAGGCUAGGAGGAGACGUGGUCGAACGCCCACUCCAGGCAGAUAUCUUGGUGCGAGGACCUUCCAUUCUCGACGUCGGUCUCCAAGUGAUUCGCGCUGUUACAGAUCACCAAGCUAUACAUGUGAGAGAGAUAGAUCCUACUCCCCGUACUAUAGGCGGUACAGGUCAUACUCAGGGUCAAGAUCACCAUACUACAGGCGUGGCAGUGUCUCACCUGUCAAUGAGACAUCGUUCUUACUCUCGUGAUUCGAGGUCAUACUCCCCUGUGCGCCGGCACUACUACAGGUCGGACUCCCGGAGUAUCUCCCCAAGAGUCUCCUACUCCCCUGUCCGCAGGAGCCGCUACAGGUCAGACUCUCGGAGUAUCUCCCCAAGAGUCCAGAGACAUUCAAGGAGUGUUUCUCCCGGAGGAAGAAAUAAGAGCUAUUCUCGCAGCAUUUCACCAAGGCCAAUAAGGAGAACUUCAAGGAGAAGCUAUUCCAGGAGUUACUCUCCAAAACCCAGACAUUCACGGAGGAUGAGCUAUUCCAGAAGUUAUUCUCCCCGGAUGAGGCGAUCGAAGAGGAGCAGAUCGCGUGAUGCUUCACCCCAAAGAAAUAAGAGCAGCAGGAGAUACUCCCGGGAAAGUUAUUCCCAUAGUCGCAGCGUGGGUUCUUUGUCCAAGUCUGUCUCAAGUUCUCCCUCAAGGUCUGGCUGAGAAGAACCAGUGGGCGCAUUGGCUCAACCCUUAAAAUAGUUUCAGCACCUGUUAUGUAAUAGACUGCAUUAUAAUUUAGAUGAUACUUGUUUGUUGUUAUAAACUUGUUGAACUUCGUUAUGGUGUGAUGGGAAGUGGUUUCAUUUU